UGCAAGUUAUGUAAAACAAAAUAUAUUCUUAUGAUAAUUACUUAAUUCUCGAUUCAUCAAUAGGAUAUAUUUAUAAAAUGGUUGAAGUUAGUGUUUGUAGCACUCGCACUCACUCACUCCUCUAUCGGUCAAUUUAUAAAUACAAUUAAAGAGUGUAAAUAGAUCCCAUGCUUUUAAAAGGAGAGAAAGAAAAAGGGAUGAGUCCUAGUUGUAAUUCCAUUAUAUGGUCAUCGGUCAUAAAGAAAAAGUAAUGAAGAUGUUGGAGGCAUUCCCAAAAUAGAUCCCAUGUCCCCUCACUCUCACACCACAACAUUCAAAAUUCAAACUCACACACACUCCUAUAAAUCUAUUAUUUACAGGGUGAGAGCAUAACAGAGUCUAGGGAUGGCGAAGUUGCAGAGAUUCAAGCUCUUCGCGACACAAUGCGGUGUUGAAAAGAGCCCUACGUUAAGCCCAAGAACAAGCCCGCUGAUUCAGCUUCCAAGGCCCAAAACAACACUCCGUACUCUACUUGGGCUAAGCCUGACGCGACCGCAACGAAGGCAGGGACACGUGUCGGUGUUGGAGAAGAAGGAUAAAGAUUCGAUGCGGAGAAGCUCAUUGAAGGAUCUGUUUGUGUCCUCGCCAUCGAGAGAGGAAGAUGAAGAAGGACAUGCUAGUUCUCCGAUGUUGGGAAACAUGGGUCUUUUUCGGUCUGAUGAUACCGGUUUAAAUAACCCGGUUUGGACCGCUUUUCGUUGUAGGUCUUUGCUGAAAAGGAAAGCUUGGCGCCCUAUGCUGCUUACUAUUACUGAAACAUGAACACUAAUCUUCUAUUUCAUUUAAUACUGUGUAUCUUCGUCAUAUUUUCUUCCAUUUUAUAUAAUAUAUUAAGAUUUUCGUUUCUUUUU